AUGGCAACCUCUCUCUUCAACCUCCCAGACGAGCUCGUCUUCACGGCUCUGUCGCAAUCGUUCCAAUGCAGAGACGCUCAGAUCAAAGCCCUAGCUACUUUGUUAUAUCCCAACGCCGCCCCGUGUCGCAACGUCGUUAUCCAUGGCGCUCAAGCUACGGGCAAGAGUGUAGUCACUGAAGCUCUCCUGGAGCGCAUGGUCGAGGACGGGGCUGAACUGACCUACGCCGUCAUCAAUUCUGUAGAGUGCAUCACCGGUCGUCACCUCCUUGAAGCAACCAUCAACAAAGUUGCCGAGGCUUUGGGCCGCGAAGAUGUUGCUCGGCGCUGCGAGAACCUCUCACAGUUCUCGGUUGAAGUCACCAGGAUGAUCACAAGCUACUCACAAGAGAGCGAGCGGCCCGCUUCGUGGAGGUUCGUCCUGGUAUUCGACGCCAUUGACCGCCAGCGAGAUUCGCCCCCAACGCUUCUGCCUGCCCUGGCUCGCCUUUCCGAGAUAAUACCCAACCUAACUACCGUAUUCAUAAUGACCUGUCCCCCAGCAGGAACCUUCCGAACCUCUGCCAUACCUCAUGUACACUUCCCAAAUUACUCCCGGAGCGAGUUCAUCGAGAUAAUAUCCGCAACCUCCCCACCUCCCAUACACGGGCUGGCUACAGACGCAGCACUUGACUUAUGGUCUCGAUUUGUCGGUCCCGUAUAUGAUUCCCUAGGCAAAGCCGCAGCUCGAACGUUGCCCGCGCUGCGCCAAGCAUGCAAUACCCUCUGGCCACGUUUUACAGCUCCGAUACUGGCAGGAACCCAUGGGCCGCGGGAACUCACCCGGCUGCUCGUCGCAGCGCGGACUUACCUACAAGACGAGCGCCUCCUUGCGCCUGGCAUCAUCACUGCCCAAGCGCCAACAGCAGAUACAAGCACGGCAGCUACAGACCCCCAACAGACGACUGAUCUUUCCACACUACUCCCGACCACCGCUCGUCUUCUACUCGUCGCGGCGUACAUGGCCUCACACAACGCCACAAAGCACGAUUUGGUGCUCUUCUCCACCCACUACCACGGCCGCCGCCGUCGCCGUGGCGGACUCUCCGGUGGGACAGGUGGAAGGCCCAACAAGCAUCGCAAAAUCGCCCGCCGGCUGCUAGGCGCCCAUGCUUUCGUCUUUGAGCGCAUGCUGUCCAUAUACAUAGCCCUGCGGAAAGAAUGGGAGGCCGACUCGGACAGGGACACAGGCCGUACUGUCAGCGGAGCUACGCUGGCCGGCGACGUCGCAAUGGCCGUUGCCACUUUGUCAAGCUUGCGUCUGCUGGUGCGGGUGGGCGGCGGCGGAGAUCCCACCGACCGUAGCGGCAGGUGGAGGGUGAACGUGGGCUGGGAUGUCAUACGACCACUGGGACGGAGCAUGGGGGUUGAGGUAGAAGACUGGUUGAUAGACUGA